AUUGUAUAGAGAUUACACAGAAUCAUUCCGAUCCCUACCUCCUCGCGAAAUAGCCGUUUAAUUAAAGCACGAACAAUAUAGAUAUAAAGUUCGUGUGUUGGCAAAUAUGUUUUAUUACAAUAUAUUUUUUGUAGUAUUUGUGCUUAGUGUGCAUUCAGCGAGAAUAUCAAAAGAUACAAUCGGUUUUCCGGAAUCUGAAGAAAAUGUCAAUUUAGUAAAUAGAGAGAAUCGUCAUCCAAUUUAUUUGCCAUCAGUUUGCGGUGAUAACGAACUUUAUUAUCCCGGUGAUCAAAAGGACGACUGGAUAUGCGAUUGUAGGCCUGGCUACUUAUACUAUCCAGAAAAGAACUCUUGCUGGCCGGCAUUUAGACGUGGUCCAUGCUCAAGCGAUAAACACCUAAUUCUACGCCUCAACUCCGUGAUACCAAUCUGUGUCACCAAUCCCUGCAAAGAUGGAUUUGUGAUGUGGAAGGGCACAUGCGAACGCCUGGGUUCGAUACGGCCCUGCUCAAACGAGUUUCCUCCCUCUGUUCUAUGGAUCAAUGCUACAACAAUCACUGUUGAAUGUGUAGCUCUCAAUUUUGACUCCAGAACCGCGUGCAAGGCGUCUAGUGUGUUGCCAUGACAACCGGCAUUUUGUAUACUUGCAUCAAGCUUUGUUGUUCUCUGUGAAUUUAUUUCAUUCAUUAUUCAUUAAGAGUAAAUGCGUUUAUAUGUAAAGAUAACUGGUGAUAUAAAUAAAAUCAUGAUAUGGAGAUUA